CGGAAAUGCACUAAUAAACAGCCACGAGGAAGAGCGCCUGUAACCGGAAGCUAGCCGGCGUAGCAAACCGGUGGAGAAACUAGUCACCGGUUAACAAAUGUGGCCGCCAGUUGAACCCUUUAAAAGAUCAUUACGCAGGUCCAACCAUGCCGCUCCAGUUUGUGUACAGCAACCAGGACUUUGUUGAGGAUCUGUGUCGUGGGAUGGCCUCAAAACCAUCGAAGUUUGACACAACCAUCAGGACCGGCUGGACGGACAGGAUGGACAGGGGGCUAUUUCGCUACAAUCUUGGUGACCUACAAACGCGGAUCCUGCCGGGCCCACUUAGCUAUUUGGCCCAGCUGAAUGUUCAAAGAGGAACGCAGAGAAGAAAGCCUCAGGAGAUACUGAGAAUUCAGCAGGAAUUCGACGCCAAGCAGUUUAAUUUUAACAAAAUCAGUCCAGAGGAAAUCAUAUGUGAGAUGAUAAAGGACUCUGAGGGACGGGAUGAUUCCUGCAGGAUGGUUGUGCUGGUCAACGUCAGCCCUUUGGAGUUUGGACAUUGUCUCUUUGUUCCAGAUCCAUCACACUGUUUCCCACAAAUCCUGACAACGUUCAUCAUCCAGGUCGGUAUUGAAUCUGUGCUCCUGAGCUCCGAUCCUGGCUAUCGAGUGGGGUUCAACAGUCUUGGAGCGUUUGCGUCCGUCAAUCACUUACACAUGCACGGGUAUUACCUGGACCACGAGCUCAAGAUAGAAUCUGCGCCGGUCAAGCCGUUGGUUCCUGGACAAGGGUUUUAUCGCUUGUUGGACUUUCCUGGAGGCUUUAUGUUUUACACAGAAUCAGAGAGUGUGGAGAAAAUAUCCAGAGCCAUCUGUAAAGUAACAGACCGUCUUGUGGCCGGUAAUAUUGCUCACAACCUGUACAUGACUAGAGGAUGUCCUCCCUGCGAUCACAUACAGAAUGAGGAGGAUCGCCUUUCAAGAAGAGGCGUUCGUAUUGCUGUAUGGCCCAGAUUGUCGUCCUUCGGUGCCAAGGAAGAGUCUGCUUUCAACGUUGCUCUGUGUGAGCUGGCUGGACAUUUACCGUUCAAGAACAAGAAAGACUAUGAGCAAGCUACAGAGAAAGAUGUGAUAGAUAUCACCCAGAGGUAUCUUCUCCCCGAUGCAGAGUUUCAGACAUUAGAAGAAGAGCUUACUGGUCAUUUGAUGGACUCAUAAUGUAUCAGCUGGGAGUGUCUUGAUAUUCUGACUGUAUCUGUUAAAAUAAAGAUCUGAAACAUGUUUAGUUUUUUGCUAUAAUAAAAAAAAUGAGGGCGUAUCUUCACACUGCAAGACUGAAUGUUCACAAUUACACUGGAAGUGCACAAGAACACCUGAUCAAUGAGGAUGUAUUUAAUGGACCUAAUUGAAAUGUUGUAUUUAAAGUGGUUGCAAAUAAAAUGCCAACUUUUUUUAAAAUCUAAA